AUGAAAAGGAAGAUGUUGAUGUUUAAAAUCGAUUUUGAGAAAGCUUUCGAUCAUAUUAAUUGGGACUUUUUAGAUUCGAUUCAAGAACAAAUGAACUUUCCUUCAAAAUGGCGAAAAUGGAUUUGGGCAAUUUUAGCAUCCGCUAGAUCUUCGGUGUUAAUAAAUGGAUCCCCUUCGUUUGAGUUCCAAUUCUCUUGCGGGAUUAGACAAGGAGAUCCUAUCUCUCCUUUUCUAUUUCUCAUCGGGAUGGAAGCAUUUUUGGUUAUGAUGGAAAAAGCAGCGGAUGAAGGUAUUUUUCAAGGUAUAAAACUCCCGAAUAGCGGUCCCUCAAUUACGCACCUUUUGUUCGCGGAUGAUGUUCUUUUGGUGGGGCAAUGGAACAAGGAGAAUGUUCUAAACAUGGCUAGAUUGCUUAGAUGUUUUAACCUUGCUUCGGGGUUAAAUAUUAAUUAUAGUAAAUCGAACAUGUUUGGAAUAGGAGUUUCGGAUGAGGAUGUUAAGUUGACGGCCAAAUAG